AUGACCCGCCGCUCUCGUAAAGCGAGCUGCCAGUCAUCUAGCGACAGCGAGUAUUCCGAGAGAGAAGGCACUGAAGACUGUGGAUCCGACACUGAUUUGACAGAACCUGAAGAUGAGGCAUAUCAACCAUGCAAUGCUGGCGAUGCGAGCUUACUCUUCGCCGAUAAUGAGUACACAGCAGAGUACUACAUCCAGCAACUUCAAAACUUCGAUGAGACGGUCUACACGCAGGAAGACUAUGGCAAAGGCACUACCGCUCUUCUCAACCGCAUUGAGGAAAAAUGGUCUCAGUUCUGCUGUUUCAUUCGGAAAGAUCCCAACGAGGAAUACAACCGCCUAUCGAUCCCGAUUUUAUACAACUUUCUUGAAUGGGCUCUCAAUCUACGACGUGGUAAAAAUGGGAGAAGGCUUCCAGGAAUCAAGUGCAAAAGCUCCUUGGAUACGUUUUGGAAAGUAUUUCGGCUAGUUUACGAAAGGUCCACUUCAAAAAAGAUUGGAAAUCAGAUGAACCGUCGGAUGCGUCGAGUACGAGGGCCCUUUUUACCACUUCCUAGCUGGCCUGGCCCCUCCUUCAAGGCUGACCUGGUUCUGAAUUUAGGGCGAGACAAGCCUCCUAUGGAUGUUGAAGACCUGGCAAAAGUCGUGGAGACCACUGUCAGCACAACAAAGAAAAAGUUUGGACAUGGCCGCCACCGUAUUGAGCUCGGUCUUUUCUUGCAGCUCGCAGGUCUCACGACAAACCGUCCGCAAGCCAUCCUCGAUCUGCGAUAUCGUCACAUCCAAGUCAGUCUUCUCCGUGAUCCGCAGGGCGGUCCACAUCGAAUUGUGGUUGAGUUUACCUUUGAGUUCACCAAGGAGUGGCUAGGUGCUAAAGACGCGAACACUUACAUCCUGCCCGAAAUCAUCUUCGAUCCUUCGUUAGUGCUCAGUCCUCAUGUCUUCCUGUUGGGCCUUCUUUUUGCAGACCGUGCAUUCGCCCGUGUUGAUGGCGAGGAAGUACUGGUUCUUGCAAGCCAGCUUCCUGGACUUCGAAUUCGCGACGAGUGUAACGAACUACGGCUACAGCUUGACCCGGCCAUGGAUGAUGUGCCGGUAUUUCGGAUGUCGGAACGGAAUUUGAAUGGGAUUGGCAUCUCACCCAACAAACCUCUCCCUUACUCAACUCUGGAACCAUGGGUCAAGAAGAUUGGCGUGAUCACAGGUAUUCGGCAAGUCACACGCCCCUACAGCCUACGCUAUGGGGCAGGCACAGCUUUGGACAAUAGUGGUUCCGUCAGCGACUCCCUCCGCAAUCUUGUGAUGCAUCACGCUGAUACACGGACAUUUCUGAAAUUCUACCUCAGCAGAAGAAUUUCCAAGAACUUGCCCGCCAUCAUUCGUGGCCUGGACCCGGAAGAAGAUAUCAUGCGCGCUGCUUGCCGGAUGAGCCGAACCAUCGACCCGGAUCGCCCGCAGGAGCUGACAACGGAGCAAUCCUGCUCCGUGAAUCAAGAGCCGGAAAUCCUCAACUUAAUGGGCCGGCGCGAUGAGAUCAGCCGAUCUCUAGAACGUCCUCUCUCAAAACACAAAGGCACACCGGAGUACGAUAUGUACAGAAAACUGAAUCAGGAGUUAACAGGAGCCAGGAAGCGCGCACAGCAUACGCUCCUUGCGCAAAUUCAAAACAAAUAUGACCGAGAACAGCCUAUGUUAGAGAUCAAGCGCCAAUUGUCCGGGAUUGCGCCAGCUGAAUCUUCAAGUAAGCCGCUGAAGUGCUCUGCAGAGGUCCCUGUACCCCAACAACGGCUGAUCAAGAGUCUUUUGACUCUGCCACGCCCAACGAUAGAGGAGGAGAUGGCUCGGAGAACCGAAGCUAUCGAUUCAGUGGCUGCGUAUUGUCAAUUUCAGGAGGGCGACACCUGCCGUUUACCGCGGAAUAAAAGAUCAGAAGACCCUGGCAAACACGUCGAGGUCCAUGAUCAACGCCAGCUGGAAAAUGAAGUGGCAGAUAGCGCCAGGCAACCAAAAACUCCCUUCGAGCUUGCUCUUCGAUCUGCUAUGAAGGAUCAUCGACCCUUAUUCUGCUUUAUUUGUCUGGGCCAGCGAGACCUAGACCCUCCAAAACGUGCUCAGAAAUUUGCCUCUCAUGGGGAUGUCACCAAACACAUCAAAAGAAAACAUCUGAAAAAGGUGAAGCCAAGCGAGACGAUUGCGUGCAAUAUUUGUGAUGAAACGUUCUCAGAAAUCAUGCAUUUUCAGCGACAUGCCAGUGAUUCUCACAAGACUGUGACGGGACCUCUGUGGUGCGCAGUUUCUAGCUGA